UUGUGCAGCGCACGGCAAACACGCAUCAUGGCCGUCCUGCGCGGUUACCUUCUCCUGUGCCUCGGGGCUCUGGUCACUUCGCAUCCCGUUACCGAAGGACAGAGGAGCUUACAGCCUGUGGAUGACGUUAAAUUCUACGCAAUCGACAUCAGCGCUAAGGUGACGUCUCGCUUCGCCCGCAACGUCAUCACGAGCAGAGCUGUCAAUUACGCAAAGGUUUCCAAGGAGGUCUCCUUCGACGUGGAUCUCCCUAAGACGGCUUUUAUCACCAACUUCAGCAUGGUGAUCGAUGGGGUCAGUUACCCCGGGGUCAUUAAAGAAAAGGAAACGGCAAAGAAACAGUAUGAGAAGGCGGUCUCGAGGGGUCAGUCGGCUGGUCUGGUCAGGGCUUCCGGCAGGAAGACAGAGAAGUUCUCGGUGUCGGUAAACGUGGCGUCACAAAGCAAAGUGACCUUCCAGCUGGUCUACGAAGAGAUGCUGAAGAGGAACAUGGGGAAGUACGAGAUGUUCAUCAAGGUGAAGCCGAAGACCCUCGUUGACAGCUUCCAGAUCGAAGUUGAUAUAUAUGAGCCCCAAGGAAUCAGCUUCUUGGAAGCCGCCGGCACCUUCAUAACCAACGAUUUGCUGCCGGUCGUCAAAAAAUCUUUCUCUGGAAAAAAGGGCCGUGUCUCUUUCAUGCCAACAAUCAAUCAGCAGCGUUCAUGCUUAACCUGCGCGACCACCUUACUGGAUGGAGAUUUCACCGUCACGUAUGAUGUCAACAGGGAGUCAGCAGGAAACAUACAGAUUGUUAACGGAUAUUUUGUCCAUUUCUUUGCGCCUCCAAACCUGCCAAAAGUGCCAAAAAACGUGGUGUUUGUAAUAGACCGGAGUGGGUCCAUGUGGGGCCGCAAGAUGGAGCAGACUCAAGAAGCUCUUCUUGAAAUACUGAAAGACGUCAAGGAGUCGGAUCACAUUAACUUCAUAUCAUUCGAUAGCGCCAUCGACUUGUGGAAGGACUCCAUGGUGAAAGCUACGCUACAAAACGUGGAAGAGGCCAGAAAUUUUGUCAGAAACCUUACUCCUCGUGGGGCGACAAACAUCAACGACCCGGUGCUGAAAGCUGCCGAGUUACUCCAUCAGGCCCACGAACGCAAUGAGCUCCCGCCACGAAGCGCCUCCCUGAUUAUCCUGUUAACGGACGGCCAGGUGAACACAGGUGAAGUAAAUCUAGAAAGGAUUCAGCAGAAUGUAAAGAUAGCCAUUCAGGGAAAGUGCGCCCUCUACUCCCUGGGAUUUGGCUACGGCGUGGACUACGCAUUCUUAGAGAAGUUGGCUUUGGAAAACUCUGGUUUGACUCGUAGAAUUUACGAAGAUUCAGACGCAGCUCUACAGUUACAGGGCUUUUACGACGAAGUUGCAAACCCCACCUUGCUGGAUGUAGAAGUGCAGUACCCCGAAAACAUGGUGUCCGACCUCACACAAAACACCUUCAAACAUUUCUUCGAUGGCAGCGAAAUUGUGGUCGCCGGUCGCCUUGUCAAUAAUGAUUUGAAUUCAUUUACAUCAGAAGUGAAAGCCGAAGGAAUGGCAAAUUCUUUAAAUUACAUCGAAAGUGUGGAUCUUCAGGAAAAAAAUGAUACAUUGAAACAGCAAGAAUACAUCUUUGGAGACUUCAGCGAGCGGCUCUGGGCAUAUCUCACCAUCCAGCAGCUCCUGGAGAAACGAAUUUCUUCCGUUGGAUCUGAAAAAAGUAAUUUGACGAGUGAAAUCCUGGAUCUUUCUCUGAAAUACAAUUUUGUGACUCCGCUGACAUCAAUGGUUGUUACAAAACCAGAAGAGAAAGAAGCUGAGGAAGAAACGUUAAUCGCUGACAAGUUUGUGGAAGGUGUUCUUGCCCCAGGCGGGGUAACCAGACCCAUGAUUUCCAUUCCUAAAGCCAGGGGCCACGCAUCAGUCCCGCAGCUUGAGACUAAACCAAACAAAUCUGUUGGGAGGGUGGCCGGGAUGCUGACCUGGUUUCCUGGGGAUCCGUGGCGUUUCCUGGGGAUCCGUGGCGUUUCCUGGGGAUCCAUGGCGUUUCCUGGGGAUCCGACAAGUGAAAUCUCGAACACGGAAUGCAAGGAAAGCGAUGGCUGCUUAAAAAAAAUGCGUCUGAAAUUUCAGCAGAUAAACUUUCUUCUCUUUGCGUAUUCAGCAGGUAACCCUCCUCCGUAUUCUGCACCAACUCACAACGCCAAUUACCAGCAUUAUUCUUCAUCUUCGUCUCCAACGUUUGUUGAUUCGGAUCCACACUUUGUUAUACAAGUUCCCAGGAAGAGGGAUGCCCUGUGCUUUAAUAUCCAGGAAAAGCCCGGCGCGGUGCUUAGUUUGAUUACAGACCCUGAGUUGGGAAUCUCAGUUAAUGGGGAACUUAUUGGAAACAAAAAUGCGAACAGCAGUGUUUUAUCGAAUGAAACGUACUUCGGGAAGUUUGGGAUUAUUAACAAGGCGAUGGAGUUGGAAAUAGAAGUGAAUCCAGAGACGAUCACCGUCCUCAGCGGCGGAGAGAAGAGGCUUUUCUCGUGGCAAGAAACGUUGUCUCUGCGUGAAGACGGCCUUGAAAUGCAAAUCAACAGAAAGAAGAACGUUCUGUUCACCAUGGGAGAAGGUUUAAGAUUUGUAGUUAUUUUGCAUAAAGUCUGGAAGAAUCACCCCCUGCACCGGGAUUUCCUGGGAUUUUACACAUUGGACAAUCACAGAUUCUCCCCCAAGGUCCACGGGCUGCUAGGGCAAUUUUUUCACGGAAUCGACUAUGAGAUCUUCAAUAUUCACAAAACCUCAGAGCCAUUAAAACCAGACGCUUCGAUGCUAGUGAAGAGCCGCGUGCUGACGGUGACCAGGGGCACGCAGCGAGAUUACAUGAGAGACGCGCAGAGCGGCCGGAAAGUGCCGUGCUGGUUCGUUCAUUAUAACGGCCAGGGCCUGAUCGAUGGCGCCCACACCGACUACCUCGUGCCCGCUUUACUCAGCAGCACCCGAGCCACAGCCGUAAUCUGAUCAUCAGCUAAUCCCGCACCCGUUACGAAAUGGAACGGUGUCUUUACAGAAAUGAUCUCUAGCUAAUUACGAUACGUUUCCUGAUAAAUAAACAACUUCUUUGUGGAUUAAACAAUAAAUUAUUACAGUAUUU